AUGGGAAGAAAGAUUCUUUUUCUUCUGAUGGUGGGGGUCUUUGUCGCAUACUAUAUUUAUAUAUCUCUCCCAGAUAAUAUUGAAGAGCCUUGGAAACUACUGCGUGUGACCACAUGUAUGAAAACUGUAAAAGAUUUGCUCAUAGAUGAUCCAGAUGUCAAGAUCAAACUCAAGACCCAGUCUUUAAUUUAUCCUGCCCUUCAGACUCUUGAUAUGGAUUUACCAUCAUAUUGGGAGUGUUCACAUUUUCCAACUCUGUCCAAAUCAAUGACGGUCAGGUUGUGGAGUGAAUACUUUACCAUGGUCAGAUCACUUGAAAAAGCUAUGCUCUUCAACCAACAUAUACCAGUGGAAUCAAGUCAUCUGUUCAAACUUAUUAAUUGGAGUUCUUUGUUCCCUGAGAAUUUUUAAAAAGGACACGUUUAUAACAGUCCAACUUAUGAUAGUUCUGAGCCGGUUAAAAAAUAUCCAGGGUUUCUCGAUGUGAGGGCAGCCCCCUUGUUGGCUGAUGACAAUAAAUUACGAAGUUUACCAUUGACCUAUGUCAUCACCUGUCAAUAUGAUAUCUUAAGAGAUGAUGGAAUUAUAUAUGUCACCCGACUUAAGAAUGCUGGAGUUCCAGUGAACCAUAGCCACACUGAAGAUGGAUUCCAUGGAGCAUUUUCCUAUUAUGGAUUUAAAAUUGCAUAUAGAAUAAAAAAUCAGUAUAUGAAUUGGCUAAGUGAAAAUCUAUAG